CUCAUUGAUAAGAUCCUAUAAAAGCCAUCCACAAUAGUCGAGGAAAAGCAUCGAUCCAACCCCAUUAUUAUUUCAACUGAGAAAAACAGGAGCUAGCAGCUAGCAGAAACCUUGUGGCUUCUGGAGUUGAAAAUGGCAAGUUUUAGUCACCCUCUACUUGUAGCUCUGUCUGUGCUUGCAAUAGUAGCAUUCCAUCCAACCUCCGUUGAUGCUAAGUUCUCCAAAAGCACCUACUUCACUUGGGGCGCUCACCAUGCCUCAGUAUCAGGAAACGGCGAGGAACUCCAGCUGGUAUUGGAUAAAACAUCAGGCUCUGCAAUUCAGUCGAAACGGGCAUUCUUGUUUGGCAGCAUUGAGAUGUUGAUCAAGUUGGUGCCUGGGAACUCUGCAGGAACAGUUACUGCUUAUUACGUAUCUUCCACUGGGGAUAGACACGAUGAGAUCGACUUUGAGUUCCUUGGAAAUGUGUCUGGGAAACCCUACAUCAUCCACACUAACGUCUACGUACAAGGAAAUGGAAGCAGGGAACAGCAGUUCUACCCUUGGUUUGAUCCAACUGCUGACUACCACAACUACACCAUUCACUGGAACCCUACCGCUAUUGUGUGGUAUGUUGACAGUGUGCCAAUCAGAGUUUACCGCAACUACGAGAGCCAGGGGGUUCCUUUCCCAAACAAACAAGGGAUGAGGGUUUACUCUAGUCUCUGGAAUGCUGAUAACUGGGCAACCAGAGGAGGCUUGGAGAAGAUCGACUGGAACUCAGCUCCCUUCAUAGCCAGGUACCGCAAUUUCAGAGCUAGGGCUUGCAAGUGGAAUGGACCUCCCAGCAUCACCCAGUGUGCUGUCAGUAGCCCAGCUAACUGGUGGACAUCUCCUGCAUACAAACAGCUGAGCUCUGCCAAGCAAGGCCAGAUGAAGUGGGUGAGAGAUAAUCACAUGAUCUACAACUACUGCAACGAUUUCAAGAGAUUCAACGGCAAUAUGCCACCUGAAUGCUUCAAACCACAGUUCUGACCUACCAUUUCUAACACGAUCAACCACGUUCCAACGGAACAAAUAAAUUUUUGCUUUCAUGUCUUUUGGGGUUCCAUAUCAAAUUGCUUUCAUUAUUUUUCCUCCGUGUCAACCUGA